UCCUUGCAAAAUUGCGAACUCAAAUCGAAAUAUUCACGUGGAUAUACGCAUGAAUGGUAUUGAAUUUUGUGUUCAGGCAAGCAGAUUGUGUGAUUUUAUCCUUUUAAUAUAUUUUUGAAGAAGAACGUGUUUCUUAACUUACAUACGUGUUCGUGAUUCCGUCUGUCAUCAACUUCCUCGGCAGUCCACGAUACUCCAGGUGCGCUGGGUUUCCUCUUCCCAACUUGCUGCUUCGCCUUGACUCAAGGCCUGCAAUGACUACUCUGCUAUCGGCUACUUCACUCCAAUACUCCUUCGGUCAACUCCUCCAGGACUCUCGUCUUGGAGCUCUGCCUGAUGGACACCACACGCUAGCACCUGCAGGAACUCGGCAGUUGCAGUGACGAGUCAUUGUUCCAAGUUGUCUCCAGCAGGAGAACUCGCACAGCGAGUUUGCAUAGUGAUUGUCAGCCUCUGGACACCUCCAUGGGGCACCUUGGGAGCGGCCUAGCUGGGUGAGACGGCGGAGAGACGCGGGUUUCAAGUUGCUGUUGGCAUACGUGUCAAAGUGGAGAAAGAAAAUGGCACCCAAGCCUUCUUAUCAGUUACUAAUUUGGUCAGUACCAACCGUUGCAUUGCUGCUGACUUGCUUGUGGUAUCGCAGGAAGAGGAGCUCAUUGCGAAAUGACCCUGGAGGAACAGCUAGUGUUGACUUAGCAGCUUUGCUGUCAAAGCGACGUGAUCACGGUAGAGAACCAGCUGCCGCACAGGGUGAAAGUCAGUGCGAGAGCACUCAGCAAGUCGAAACGACUGCCACAGAAAUAAUAGAGCACAAAGAAAUUGGCUCAACAAAAGAUCAGUGCAAAAAAAGUGAAUCUGAUUCAGUUUCUUCAAUUCAAAGACGAGACCUGUACACAUCACAAAAUAAAUUAGAUAUAAAAAAUAAAAGUUUGCUUCUAGAAAACAGCUUAGAAUCACAUCAUAUAGUUUCUUAUUUGGGCUCAGAACCUCUGAUUCUCAAAACUAAAGAAGUUGAUAAGCUUAGUGAAUCCAGUAAAGUAUCUGGAGGUCAGGAGGAGAUAACAGAAGAAACUCUGUGCAAAGGAAAAAGUGAAGAGAAUAGUCAGAAUAAAGAAAUAAUUGAAUGUAAAGAAAAAAGUGACGAAACUUGUAAGGCUGAAACCGAAGAUACUGAAUCCAAGGUUGAAACUACGGAUUGUGGUGCAAGAAGAUCAGAAGAAGUUGUGUCAAUUAAUAAUAUAACAGUGUUAUCAGAAGAGUUGUCUGAAGAUAUAUCUGAUAAGAGUAUAGAUAUUUUAACUAAUCAACAAGUUCAAGAAUCAAAUUCUGUCACCAAACCUUGCAGUGGCACUGUUUUUAUCUCUGACAGUCUUUCACCCGAGCAGCCAGCAGAAGAAGCGUGUGUUUUCUCCAGUGACGAAUGUGGUGUAACCAGCGGUUUAGAACCUGAAAGCUUACAAAGAGAUCUCGAAUGUACUGCAGUCCAGUCUUCUCUGUGUGAGAGUUGUAGUGUUAGUGACAUAGUGCCAGCGAAACAGCGUUUCGAAGACAGUGGUGCGGUGACGUCUGCCGAGAGUGCCGUGAGCGCUAGCGGGUCGGUGGAGGAGGCAGGUUGCAGCAGUGGUAGCGUAGCAGGGAGGACUGUCAUGGCGCGCAAGUCGAGCACAGACCUCGCGAUGGAGAGGCCCGCGGACUCAGACGGAGCGGCACAGCACCGGGAAUCCAAGCUCUCCGCGUCCGAGCACAGUGUUCAAGCGGAGAGAGACUCGGCCAAUCACAGCCCAGCUGAUGUGAUGCUGGGAAGUCCAGCCAUCAGCAACUAUUCAGAUGCUAAUAGUGAGGGCUCAAGUGACAGUGGGAAGGGUUGCAGCGACAUGGCAACUCCUCCCCCGCGUACGCCAGCCAGCGGCAGUUCGCUUGCCGGCGACGUGCCCUCCAUCUACGAGUUCGUGCUGCCGCAGCAUUUGGUCGGCCGUCUCAUCGGCAGAUUCGGCGCCUUUGUUCACCAGAUCAAGGACAAGACGAAUGCCAACAUACUCAUCAAAAAGCAUCCGGACACGACAAAACUAAAAAUAUGCGCUAUCGAAGGGAACCAAAUGGGUAUAGACAGAGCAUUAGAAAUGAUUCGUGACAAAUUUCCACAGAAGAAGUACCCGAAUGUGACGUUGGAGCAAGUGUGUUUUGUACCAGCUACACCUGUUUUUCCUGUUCCUCAGUGUGUGCAGUUGCGGCUCGUGGAGGGCGUGAACAACGACGUGAUAGUGUCGUACAUGGUGACGCCGGCGCACGUGUUCCUGCAGCAGCCGACGCACCCCACCUUCCUCAACCUGAGCGCCCUGGCGGCCUUCAUGCAGACGUGCUACUGCGAGCCCGAAGUGCCCGCCCUGCCUCGGCCCGUGGCCGCGGAUGUAAUCUGCGUCGCUCCUGUGAUGGGUGACUGGUGCAGAGCUCAAGUGGUGACGGACGAAGCGGAAGACGGCACGAGCACCAUCCGUCUGCUGGACUACGGAGGUUACGACGUAGUCGACUGUUCCGUGCUGCGGCAGAUUCGCCAGGACUUCAUGCUGCUCCCCUUCCAAGCAGCUGAAGCCUACCUCGCCAACAUAAGCCCUGCAGGAGGUGUAGAAGAGGAAUGGAGCAAAGAAGCAUUUGAUGUUCUGGAGGAAUUGACCAAGGGUCAGGUGGUGGAGGCUCAGGUGGUAGGCUAUGCGGAGAACAGUGUGCCCAUUGUCUACCUGUUCUCUAUAGUGAGGUCAAAGGCUAUCUUUGUAAAUUACGAGUUGGUAAAACGUGGCUUGGCGGAAUGGACAGAGGGAUUCACCAUUAUGAAUGGAAGCGGAAUUGCAUUGGAUGGUAACGUUGCAGAAGAAUGUGGUCGACCAGUUGCAGCUGAACAGUGACUUUUCCUCAUUUAACUGUUUUUACGCAUUCAGAGUGGAAGAUGUAAACGCAAGCACUCACAGGCGGGUGCUCUGUAGAUUGGAGUGCACAGAGAAAGGCAAAGGCAACACGUUUAGUGCACUGUCGUUAUGUUUCUCUGGUUGAAUCAUCUUUAGGCAUGCAGAUUACAUGUAUGUGCCUGAUAGGAGAGUGCAAGAAAAAAUUAUUAUUUGUUGGGUACCGAUGCAACAUGUCUGCUGCAUGUGUGUCUCGAAGUACGUGCAUGUGAGUACUUGAGUUUAAUUUUUGACUUUAAUUCAGUAGCCUAGUGGCCUGUUCUUUUGUUUUUACAUAUUAUUAGUGAUAUGAUACCGAUUUCAGAUGUGUGUUGAUUUGUUUCAUUUGGUAUUAUGAUUUUUACUAUAUAUGUAAUAAAACAGUAAUUUGUUUAUAAGCUUUUUUUUCGGCUGUUAGCAUAAAGUAUGUUAGAAAAUGUGGUGAUAGUGCUCCAGAAGUGAAUGGGGUUUUCUUUUUAUUUUACCAUGAAUAACUACUGCUUGAGUGUUUGUCAUUUGCAAAAUAAAACUCUUGGUUUUUAGUGCAAAUAUUGUAAGUGCCAAACAGGAGGUAGCAUCAAUUUGUGGUAAUCCUAACACAGAUACGGCUGUUAAAAUACUGUAGGAAAUUUUACUACAUCAGAACUAGCUAUUUAGACGUUAGCUGAUUAAAGUAUGUUGACUUGUAUGUAUAUGUUAUCACUUUACUUUUAUAAAUAUCACUGUGAUUUUUAUAAAAACUUCACCUGUGUAAUUUUGCUCCCACAUUCCAUAUAAUUUCUUUGUCAUUGGUGGUGAGCAGAUGGUGAUGAAAAUAAUUAUUACAUAUUAAUUUAUUUUAUAAAUACAUGUAAAUUCUUCUCCUGUGUAUUUGCACAUGCAUAUGUUCUUUGUUGCUUAACCAUAAGUACCAACAAGAAAGUUGUGUUUUUUGUCGUAAAUUAGGUAAUAUCAGUUGUUUCUUAAGUUUUGCUAAGAUUGUAGUUUUGUACAUGAUAAUUGUCAUUUUGUUAACUGUGGAAAACUUUUGUUAUGAUUGACAGUGUACAACUAUGCAUUUUCAAUUUUGAUGUACAUAAUUGUCAAAUAAAUAUCUAGUAAGUUGGUUUAAAUAAAUGUGUUUUCUGUUAA